AUGCAGACCCAGAAAUCAUUACCAGAGAUACAGCUUAAACUUGAAGCCUUAACCAUUUGUACAAAGAAAACCCAUACCGAAAACCAUUCCAAACCUUGUAUGAUGAUGGCACCAAGCGUCCUUGUUUCGCCGACGUCUUCUUCUUUGAUCGGCGAUUACAUCGGCAUGGAGAGUUGCUUUGAUCUCGGUAACAUUGAAUACUCUUACGGCAGUGACGAUGGUAGAAUUGAUUGUAUUCAUGACAAGGUAGAGCAGCGGUGUUGUACGAAGAAGAAAGAUAUUCCACCGCCGAAACCUUACCGUAUGCCAUGGGUGUUGAAAAGGUACUACACUGUCGAUGGACGGUUGAUUAUCAGAAGAGAGAGAGUGGGAUUCAAUGAGUAUUUGCAAGCUCACCGAUCCAAUGGUCGUUUAGUAUUAGAUCUCGUGCCUUUUGAUUAUAUCAACAAUGAUUUUGAUGAUUAUGAUGAUAGAGAAGCGGGGGCCAACGAAGAAGAUGAUCGAGUCGAUGUUUUUCACAAUAAAAACGAUCAUGAUAAAGACGAGGAAAAUAAUAACAACAAUUUGGUUGAAACAUUGCAUAAAGAGAAUGAAAUGGCUGUGAAUGAAGAGUCAAUAGUGAAAUGUCCUACUGCUGAGACUCCAUUAGAGAAUGGGAUUACAGCAAAUGGAGGAAAAUGCUUGAAAUACAACAGCGUAAGAGCAAGCCCUUCAUGUUUUCUUGGUUUGCCGGUUCCCGCAAUAAGGCCAGUUCAUACUUAA